AUGGCCGCAACUUCUUCAGCCAUUAAUGGAACGUGCUUGCACAACCAAGCGCUGCGGGAUGAGCCGAGUGGCCAGCUUGCCUUCUCUGAAUCACCGACCGUUUUCUCUGGAGCGAACCCUGUCUCGGGUUCAGCGACAGCAACAAGGAUAGCAUUUUCUUCGCAGCCCUUAGCUCCUGUUGUCCCGACAUGCAACCCUUCUCUUUUCUUCACUCAAGCUCCCAAUUUGUCGUCUCCCUUGACUUGUAGCUCUAAUGCUACGGCAUCAUCUUCACCUUUGAUUUUCUCCAGGAAUAAGCGUGCUGUCUCACAAUUUUCUAUCACUAGAGCGCUUCCGUUAACCACUACCUCUCCAGAAAAGCCCACUGCUGGAUCUCACUCGGAGAGCGGUGGCAUCAAUCUUUCCAUUUCUGUUCCUCCUUCCAAAAAGACCGGGGGCUCUCUUGAGGUGACUCUGCGGCGUAGAAAGCGUGCGCAGUCAACAGCCUAUGGUAGAGAUGGUCGGAGAGGCCAGCCUUUGAAGGGACCCAACGGUGAGCCUCACCAAACAACCGAAAAGCUUCAAUCGUCUCAUAUUCCCUAUCCUAGCACUGAUGGGCAGAAUCAAUUACAAGGUCACUCGGCUCUAGUAGGUGUCCAUUAUAGGCCUUCUGCUAGAGCAACUAAGUUCGUCGCAGAUAAUACGGAGCAUAUAGAUAACAGACUUUUGUCAAGGACAAUUACCAGUGUUAUAGCUCGCAUGUUUCCAGCAAAGGCUGACAGGAUUACGGAUUGUUAUACUAAGCUGAGUAAGCUAUCUAGCGGAUCUAAAAAGUUGGUUGAGAAUAACCUGCUUAAUACAAGAUUAUUUCAUGCAUACUAUAAGCUUUCUCUAAAAGAUGGUGUUGGUAACCUAAUAGUGCCCAACAACGUCACUACACUAGAAGCGUAUAUCAGCUUUCUAGAAGCCCAUCUGUGCCGAUAA